CGGCCAACCCCGCGGAAUAGAUUAAGUCAUUCAACCAUGCAACGGUCACACCUCAAACCUCCCACAUUCUGACUCCUCAUUCAUUCAACUCCAAUUACUUCCUCGUCGGUAGAAGACAGCCUAUGCGUCCUCUCCGGCUGUCGUCUUCGACUUACUUCUCUCGUCGGCGCAUACAAUUUGCUCAGUGCUACCACCAAACCCCGCGACACCUAUCCGCCAUGAGUUCAGAGAAUCCAACAGCUGACCAUCCUGCCAGCCCAGGAGAUGACCAUGGGAAACACCCCAGAAAGCUAAUCUUUGCACCGGGUGACAUCCAAGUAUCAACCCCUAAUGACCAAACAACGCCUCCCCACAAGCCGGACACCGCUACACCUGCCAAUGUCUCCCGACUCGUCGCUGAAGCACUUCGAUCGGAGACCUCCACGCCUAACUCCGUUACCGAAAACCAGAUUGUCUCCCACCCCGCUCGCGCGCAUCAGUUCGUGACCAACCCGCCGCUCACUGUCUCCCAGAUGCACCCCACCAAUCCGCUCCAUCAGUUCCAUACCUGGUUCCGCGACCCCCGACUGUCUGCAUCGUCGGCUCCGGAGACUUGUACGCUGGCUACGGCGUCUUUGCCCUCUGGUCGGGUGAGCGCGCGCGUUGUAUAUCUGAAGGAGCUUGACGAGCGGGGCUGGGUAGUCUACAGCAACUGGGGCAGUCGAAAAGGGAAGGGCGCACAGGUCUUUGGUACUCAAGCAGAUGGAGAUAGCGUUCUAGGUGCCAUGCCCGAGCCCUGCGCAGAUGAUGACGAGAUGCCACAAGGGAACAAAUGGGCAGCUCUCACAUUUAGCUGGGGAACUACCGAACGGCAGGUGCGUAUCGAAGGCCUCAUUGAACCCCUUAGCCGCGAAGAGAGUGAACUGUACUGGCGGACCCGCGAACGGGGUAGCCAGAUCGGCGGCUGGGCCAGCUGGCAGAGCAAGGUGCUCUGGUCCGCAGAGCCAGACAGUCUGAUCGAGCGGCGGCGGAAGAGCCUCGCGCAGGAUGUGUUCCCCCAAGCUAUUCCGGGAGAUGUGGAUGAAACGGAUAUCGACGACGGCCGGGCGCUGCUGGAGAAACGAGUGCACGAAAUGGAGGAGAGGUUUGCCAAUACGGAGCAGAUCCCAUUGCCUCCGUUCUGGGGCGGCGUGCGUCUAGUACCGGAGUCGGUAGAGUUCUGGCAGGGCCGGCGUAGUCGACUGCAUGAUCGAUUCCGGUAUGUGAGGGUGCAUGACCCCCAGAGUGACUCGUAUAAAUGGCGAAUUGAACGACUUUCGCCUUAAAGUAGAGUAUAGAUUAGAUGGGAUACUAUACAUAACUAGCGAACAGCGAUAUUGGUAUUUGAUCGAUGAGACAUAUUCUGUUCACUUAUAGUUGCUAACAAUUGAAGCUCGUGCUCAAUAUUGAGCCGUCGAAAUAACUAGAGAUCAUGCUCAUCGAGGGGAUUUAUUAGGUACUGCGAUUGUCA